AUGGAGAGCAAGAAUGUAAAGGCGUUUUAUAGGAGGGCUCAAGCGUAUAUUAUUGUUGGUGAUUUGGAUUUGGAUGAAAUUGAUAUAAAGAAAGCUCUUGAGAUAGCGCCUGAGAAUAGGGAUUUGAAGAUGAAGUAUAAAGUUUUGAAGGAGAAGAUGAGGGAGUAUAAUAAGAAGGAUGUUAUGUUUUGUGGGAAUAUCCCAACAACUUCCUGCAAGAAUGGUGAGAAUGGUGUGAAGUACAUUGAAAAUGAUACUUUUUUUCGUGAGGAAGAAAAGAAGCAAACGAAAGUGUUGAAGGUUUCCUGCAAUUUGAACAAUGCAGCAUGUAAGCUGAAGACGAAGGAGUACAAAGAGGUUGAGAAGCUUUGCACGAAGGUGUUGGAAAUGGAGAGCAAGAAUGUAAAGGCGUUGUAUAGGAGGGCUCAAGCGUAUAUUAUUGUUGGUGAUUUGGAUUUGGAUGAAAUUGAUAUAAAGAAAGCUCUUGAGAUAGCGCCUGAGAAUAGGGAUUUGAAGAUGAAGUAUAAAGUUUUGAAGGAGAAGAUGAGGGAGUAUAAUAAGAAGGAUGUUAUGUUUUGUGGGAAUAUCCCAACAACUUCCUGCAAGAAUGGUGUUAUUGGAUAA